UCCUUCUCUUUGUGACCUCGUCGAGAGCAAGGUCGCUCUUUCACACUCUCUUUUUUCAACCACACCUUCCUUAUACACGCGGAUCUUCGGGCUUCACUCUUUUAGCCUGAGCCGUGUCACGUUCUUUUUGAUAAUACUCCGACGAGACUACUGCUAGGAAGACAAAGGAAGGAAAGGAAGGAUACUGUAAUUGAGAAUAAGCGCUGCGCCAUACGAAGAGAGGAAUCCGGAUCUGGACGACUACGCUGGAAGAGAUCUGAGACAUUCCACCGACUACUCUCAUCAAUAUAAUCGCCCACCAUGGCGUCCCUCCUCCGCCGCGACUCCACCACCCCAAGCGACCCAACAAAACCCUCCAACAACGGAACACCCAACACCCUCACCAUAGCCCUAACCGUCGCCGUCCUCGUCUUCGCCCUCACCGCGAUAAUCAUAACAGCAGGCUUCUGGUACCAACGCCGACGCCGCGCUCGCUUACACCAAAACUCCGCCCUUCCCUACGCCGACGAAGAAGACGACCUCUCCACCCACGACAUCGAAAAACGUCUCUCCUCCCUCUCCACCACCUCCUCCUCUUCCCGUCAACACCGCCGAGUCCUCACCCGCGCGAGCAAAGACGACGUCUACACGGAAAAGGCGCUGUUCAUGCGCUCUCCCAGCCCGCCUGUGAGUCCGAUUCCGGAGAUCAGGAUUACGUUUCCGGAGGAGAUUGAUGAGGCGACGGGGCAGAGGAAGAGUGGGUGUGUGGUUGUCGUCAAGGUGGGGGAGAUGGGUGGGGUGGGAGGGUUGGAGGGUGGGGAUGAGGGCACGGGGUUUGUGGGGAGGAUGAAUGAUGGGGAGAGGUGGCAGAGUGUGGACUUGGAGAGGGUGGGAGGGUUGGUGGAGAAGGCGAGGAAUGCGCCGGUGAGGGAGUAG